GAAUUUGGAUCUGAAAAAAACAAGUUUGAUGCUAAAACUACUUUGUUCAUGGCUUUUAGCUCUUUAGGUUCCAUUUAUGGGGAUAUUGGUACAUCACCAUUAUAUACAUUGGCUACUAUUUUCAGUGAUGCUAAAACUGUGGAUGAAUCUGAAGUUCUUGGUGGUGUUUCGUGUGUCUUUUGGUUAUUCACAAUUGUUGUGAUUCUCAAAUAUAUCUCUGUUGUUCUAAUUUGGGGGCCUUAUAAAGGUGAAGGUGGUCAAAUUGCAAUUUAUACAAAGAUUGCAACUGCUUUAAGUAUUGGACCUGGUGCACAAAAUCAAGAAGUUCAAGGUGACCAUAUCUCAGACACGGAAUUUUUAUUAUCAAGAACAAGAACUUCAGAAUCUUAUUAUCAACAAUCAAAGUUCAUCUCAAAAUAUCUAUCGAAAUUUAUUUUAUUCUUAUGUUUCUUUGGUUGCAGUCUUGUUAUAUCUGAUGGAUUAUUGACACCAACUACUUCAGUCUUGUCUGCUGUAGAAGGUAUAAAAGUUCAAGCACCAAGUAUUCACAGUGCAGUGCUUCCAAUCUCAUGUGUUGUGUUGGUUUUCUUGUUUGCUAUUCAAAGAUUUGGAUCAGGGAAAGUUUCAUUAGUGUUUGCCCCAAUUAUUGCCAUUUGGUUGGCAUUAUUAGCUGGUACUGGUGUCUAUAAUAUCACUUUACAUCCAGCUAUUUUGAAGGCUUUCAGCCCUGUCAUCGCAGUGAAGUAUCUAGUUAAAAGAGGUGGGAUCAACGUUUUAGGUUCUGUCAUGCUUUGUAUCACAGGUACAGAAGCAAUGUUUGCAGAUAUUGGUCAUUUCGGUAGAUUACCCGUUCAACUGACAUUGGUUUCAUACGUUUACCCAUGUUUGAUGAUGGCAUAUUUUGGUCAAGGAGCUUAUUUGAUUAAGAAUCCACAUAUGGCAUCUACUGUUUUCUAUGCCUCAAUUCCUGGUGGGAAAGGUUUGUUUUGGGUUGUUUUUGUUUUGGCUAUUGCUGCUACAAUUAUAGCUUCACAAGCUUUGAUCUUGGGUGUUUUCAGUAUUUUGAGACAAUUGAUUCAAAUUGAUUGUUUCCCAAAUUUUAAAAUUGUACAUUCUUCAAAAUCUCAUUAUGGACAAGUCUAUAUACCUACAAUUAAUUUCUUAUUAAUGAUUGGUGUGAUAUUGACAACUGUUGGAUAUGGGAAAAGUGCAAAAGUUUCAGCUGCUUAUGGUUUAGGUGUGUCAUUAGAUUUCUUGGUGACCACUAUUUUGAUCACAAUUGCCAUGAUUUAUGUUUACAAGUUUCAUUUUAUUGUUCCAUUAUGUUUCUUCUUAGCCUUUGGUACUGUUGAUAUGUUACUCAUCAUUUCAAACAUGAAAAAAAUUGUUCACGGAGCUUGGUUCCCAUUAGUUAUGUGCAUUCUGUUUACUGCAUUCAUUUUGUUUUGGUAUUGGGGUAGAUCG